AUGACCAGUAGACAUACUCGGAGCAACGCACAAGGACCACUACAUCAACUGACCAACAACGAACUCGCAAGAUUAGAAGGACAGAACCGCCAACAGCCAAGAACAACCGACACCAACAUGGGUGAUCACGGCAAUAUGGAUAACCUCACUGCUGCAUUGGCACUCAUUCAACAACAAAUGCAGAAUCAGCAACAGCAGAUGCAACAAACCAUCCAAAAUCAACAACAAGCUGCUCAGGAACAAGCAGCCGAGAACGCCGCACGAGAGGAGCGUGGUGCUUUUAUUGGGGAGCGAAACCUUCCGCGGAACUUCGCUAUAAACCGCUCUCCCAUCAACCCUCCACCCUUUACUCGACAAGAUUAUGAGAUCAAACCUGCACUGAUAGGUCUGGUACAGAAGAGCACGUUCAGCGGCCUCAUUUCAGACAUACCAAUGGAACACAUAGAGGCCUUUGAGAGGAUUUGCAAUUUUUCUCGCUCUAAUGGAGUGCCACCGGAUUAUGUCAAAUGCACGCUGUUCCCAUUCUCUCUCGAAGGGAAAGCUUCUCGUUGGCUGCAAUCUCUCCCAACAGGUUCUCUAACCUCAUGGGACCAGGUUCGAUCAACAUUCCUGAGUCACUUCUACACCAAGUCCAAAACUGCGGCUCUGAGGCAUAGAAUCUCCAACUUCAAGCAGAAAUCUGAUGAAACUUUUCAUGAAGCUUGGGAAAGGUACAAAGAGUACCAGAGAGAGUGCCCACACCAUGGGUUUGAUGAAGAUUACAUAUUGGAAGUGUUUUACGAUGGAGUGAGUUAUGAGUUCCGGAACACCCUUGAUUCCUCUAGUAACGGAGACUUCAUGACUCAAACCACACCUGGUGCGUUCGCGCUGAUUGAGAACAUGGCUUCGAGUUCACUCAAUAAGAACAAGGAGCAUGAUCGCUCCAAAAGUGUGAACAGUAUAGAUGACCUAGCGGCAAAGAGCGCAGGCGACAAGGCGUUUGAAGCUGAACAAGCAGGAGACGAUCAGCAGGAAGUGAGCUACGUAAAUGGGCAAGGGUGGCAGCUGAAGAACUACCACCCAAACCCUAACGUAAGGAACAAUCCAGAGCUUUUAUGGCCUAAGCAGGACAAACCAGUUGAUCCGGCGCAGAGCAACCAAGGUCAGUAUGCGGGGUAUCAGAAGAACUAUCAACCCCGAAACUAUGUUCUAAGCCAACAACAGAACAAUCAACCUCAGAUGCAGAACCACCAGAAUAAUCAGGUCGCUACUUCCACCCCUGUCGCUGUUCCGCAAGAUGAAACUAAAACCAUGUUGCAGCAACUCCUCCAAGGACAACAGCUCCAAGGGAAAGCUCUGAACCAGGUCACUACCAAGAACAAUACCAGAAUGAACCAUAUGUUCGGAGAUUUGAGCACCAAGUACGAUAAUGUCGCAAGCCAUAUGAGACAGAUGGACAUUCAGAUAGCUCAGACUGCUGAGAGUGUCAAGAGGCAGCAAGGAGGGGGGAAGCAACUCUCCGAGCCAGAAAGGAGGAGGUUCACCGCAGCUGAGAAAGGGAAGCAGAAAGAGUCGGAAAAACUGCCAGCCGAUCAGGCAGAUGAGAGGAAUACAGAACCAGCACUUGAAACAAGUUCGCCAGGGCCAGAACAACCAGCUGAAGCGGUGCGCCCGAUCCCCGAGGCUGUUCCUCCUCGCGAAUACAUUCCUAAGGUCCCUUACCCUGUUCCAGCAAGGGCCACUCGUAAGGACAAAGAGGAAAUGAAGUGCAUGAAGAUGCUGGAGGAACUAACCGUCCGAAUCCCCUUGAUGGAUGCAAUCCAGAUGAUGCCCUCCAUGCGCAGCUUUAUGAAGGGAUUGAUCUCAGGAAAAAUAUCAGAGGAGAGCGAGUUCAUGACGGUUUACAAGGAGUGCAGCGCAGUGCUUCAGAACAGGCAGAUGAAGAAGCGAGGAGACCCCAGCAAAUUUGUCCUCUCUAUCUAG